AUGGGUGUCACCGGCCUUUGGACGGUCGUGCAGCCUUGCGCUCGCCCCAUCAAACUCGAAACACUCAACAAGAGACGGCUCGCCGUCGACGCGUCGAUCUGGAUCUAUCAAUUUCUCAAGGCAGUACGAGAUAAAGAGGGCAAUGCGCUUCGAAAUUCCCAUGUCGUUGGAUUCUUCCGUCGCAUCUGCAAGCUGCUCUAUUUCGGCAUCAAGCCUGUCUUCGUCUUCGAUGGCGGGGCGCCAGUGAUGAAAAGGCAGACAAUCGCCGGACGAAAAAAUAGACGAGAGGGUCACAGAGAAGAUGCGGCGAGGACUGCUGGAAAAUUGCUGGCGGUACAAAUGCAACGCAGCGCGGAGGAAGAAGAGGCCCGUCGACGCAAUGCAAACUCAAGAUUGGAAGAGGAAGAAGUUCCUGAUGUUCCGGUAUAUGCAGACGAGGCACUCAUGACAGAUAAAGAAAAACAACAAAGUCGAAAGUUCAAGAAGAAGGAUGCAUACCAUUUACCAAGCCUGGACGUUUCACUUCAGGAUAUGGGAGCGCCAAACGACCCCCGCAUAAUGUCCCAGGAAGAACUGGAGGAGUACGCUCGUCAGUUUCACCAGGGCCAGGACAUCAAUCUCUACGAUUUCUCUAAGAUCGAUUUCGACAGUCCGUUUUUCCUCAGCCUGCCAGCCACCGACCGAUACAACAUUCUGAACGCUGCAAGACUGCGAAGUAGACUGCGAAUGGGCUACUCGAAAGAGCAGCUAGACACGAUGUUUCCAGACCGCAUGGCUUUUUCGAAAUUUCAAAUCGAUCGGGUCGCCGAGCGCAAUGACCUGACACAACGAUUAAUGAACAUCAACGGCAUGAAUGGUGAAGAGGCGUUUUACAACUCUGGGCAGCGCAUCGCGGGAGAGCGUGGGAGAGAAUAUGUGCUGGUCAAGGAUCGCGAACACGAAGGUGGAUGGGUCUUAGGUGUUGUUGGAAAUAAGGAGGGUGAAGAAGAAAGGCCUAUCGAUUUAGAUAAGCCCGAGGUCGUUUCUGAUGAUGAGGAGGCCUCGGACGAAGAUGUCUUCGAGGAUGUUCCAAUCGAGGGACUGAACCGACUUCCCAAACUGCCAUUUCUUCGGGAGGGUGUGUUUGACCAGUCGCUUCAGUUGCAAGAAGACAAAACAUUCGACAUGAGAAGAGCCUUGCAGGAAUCACGUCAAUCCGCAGGGCGUCAUUCAGUGAGCCAGGCCAAGAAGCAUGAUGACGAUUCGCUCUUCGUUGAGGCUGAGGGCAACAUCGGUGCACAGCAACAGAACAACGAUACUGAUGGGUUUUUCGACGGUGAAGAUGACGAUCUAGAGCAGGCUAUCGCUCUCUCUUUGCAGCCAGAUCAUGCGGACGAGGAGAUACCCGAGAUCCCCAUAAACAAACCGCUUGAUCCAGCCCCCUUUCAUCAAACGAUGCAAGAUCCUGACUCUGAAAGCGAUGAUGGGAUGGAUUUCGCUGCCGCAGUGGCAAGAACAAAGAUUUCGAAGAAGCCAGCGCAAGGUCCCAAUGCAUUCAAUGGCCCUCUUCCCUUUGAAUCUAUCAAGCUCUCCAAAGCCUCGGAUAAAAAGCCCAAUGAUAGCGAGGUCGACGAGAACGCAGGAGGAUUUUUCAAAGAGCCCUCGCCAAAGAAAAAUCAAUCAGAUCCACUCCCGCCAUGGUUCGUUGGAGAGCGCUCGAACGCAGAGUUCGUCACCGAACCAGCCCCUGGCCCUGAUGUGGAUGAUCAGGCUGCAGCGCAAGACCACCAAUUUCUCUUCAAUCGUCGCUCGCCAGAUAUCAUUGAUCUUGAUGAGCUAUCCGACACAGAAAGGAUUGUGGAUAAUGAGAAAAAGGAAGGGAAACAAAGCGAAGAAAACAUAUCCGAAACUAAAGUCUCGGAGACCAAAGACGUUACCCUGGAGCAGACUCCAGGGGUUGAAGAGAUCGAAAAGGUUUACAAUGAUAUAACAAACAAGGUUGACGAGAAGCACCCAAGUGAAUCAGUUCAAGGCGACUUGACCCCUCGCGAAAGAUUGUCCGAAACCCCAGGAAAGCCACAGGAGCAGCAGGUUUUCGCCUCCAAGUCGCAAUCUCCACGCAGUGAAAAAUCCGCCUCGCCUGAAUUUGAAGACGUGAUGCCCGAGCAGCCUGUGCAAGGCCCUGAGAUCACAGUCGUCUCCCACCAAGAGAGAGCUCAGCCCAGUGCCCAGCCGUUUGAAGAGCUGGAGCAAUCCGAGGCCUUCAUUCAGGACCAAGCCGAUUAUAGCGACCCAGAAGAUGAAGAUCUGUUCAAGCAGCUUGCAGCGGAGGGUGAAGAGCACGCCCGAUUUGCCAACACUCUCAACUCUGCUGUGCCUAACCAGGAAGUCUUCGAUUACGAGCAAGAACUGAAACAGCUGCGAAAUCAGCAGAAAAAUGAGCGCCGUGAUGCUGAUGAGGUGACUACCAUCAUGAUCAACGAGUGUCAGCAGUUGUUGACUCUCUUUGGGCUGCCGUAUAUCACCGCCCCUAUGGAAGCCGAAGCGCAAUGUGCCAAACUGGUAUCGCUCGGCCUCGUGGAUGGAAUCGUGACAGACGACAGUGAUAUCUUCCUAUUUGGAGGAACGCGAGUCUACAAGAACAUGUUCAAUCAAAGUAAAUUUGUCGAGUGCUACUUGACCUCAGACCUCGAGAAAGAAUACGCGCUCCAUCGACAAAAGCUGAUCAGCUUUGCCCACCUUCUGGGUAGUGAUUACACAGAAGGAAUUCCCGGUAUCGGUCCCGUCACUGCUCUGGAGAUUGUUACCGAGUUUGGAAGCCUGGAAGAGUUCCGUGAUUGGUGGGCUCAGGUGCAAAUGGGUGCAAACAAUCCAGACGAUGUUCACUUGGCAUUCCGAAAGAAAUUCCGAAAGAAGGCAUCCAAGAUCUUCUUACCACCCUCUUUCCCUGAUACCCGAGUUGACGAAGCCUAUCUGGAACCUGAGGUUGAUAACGACCCAUCUCAGUUCCAGUGGGGUGUCCCUGACCUCAAUGGGCUGAGGAACUUCCUCAUGGCAACAAUAGGCUGGAGCCAAGAGCGCACCGAUGAGGUUCUAGUCCCGGUCAUCCGUGACAUGAACCGACGCGGGCAGGAGGGUACUCAAUCGAACAUCACCCAGUUCAUGCAGGGUCCCCAAGGCGCGGGCGCUUUCGCGCCUCGCGCUCGUGGAGGUGGACCUAGCCGCAUGGAACAGGCAUUCAAUCGACUACGGGAAGAAGCUCAGACCGGCGAAAGCUUGUCGGGCGAUAAUGAGACUGGAGCUGACGACGCUGACGCAGAGGCAUCUGGUCCGCAGAAGAAGACCAAACGCACUGCAUCCACUAAAGGAAAGGCUGGCGCAAGUAAGAAACGAAAGACACGCCGUGCGGACUCUCAGGAUGCAUGA